GGCAGGGCCCCCCUCCCCUCGCCCCCCGAAGAGGAUCCCAAGGCCUAAACCCAACACCAUCUGGCAGCCUGGUCACGCGCAUUGCCCACCUCAAUCCGCAUUUCUCAACAGCCUCAAACGGUCCCUCGAUAUAUAUCGGUCCCUUAUCGCUAAAACCGACCCAAAUUCAAUUUCUUGGCCCCGGAUCCCGCCUGCCGCAUACCGAGUUCACGGCUCUGUACGGCUGCCUUCCUGUCGCCCAAGUCGCUUUCCGCUUCUGCUUGUCGCGCCUUCCUUUUCCCACGGUUGUCGCUCUCUCCUUCCCGCCGAUUGCUUCCGUGGCGUGUCGCCAACCUACCGUACCUACCUUAGUUGUCCAACGCACACCGACCCGCCCGAUUUUCGCCCGCGCCCCAUCUCGAUAGAUUCCCAUUGCAUGGCGCAUUGAAGCACCGUCGCUCGCUUUUUUUAUUGUAUCAUUUUUUUGAUAGCGGCGCCGGCUGCGCAUCUCGCAUAAAUCAGGAUAUCCUGACGUUCCACUGUCGCGCACCGUCUGCGCGCACCGUAAGGAAUCGUGGCGGCGCUUACGAUUCUGAGUCCCAACGAACCAUCGGAGCUGUCCCUGCAACAGCAUCUCGAACUUGCCCCGGAUCUGGUUGCGUAUACGAACCUCACUGUCGAGGGAGAGCCCGAGUCUUUGAUGAUGGCACAGCCCGUGCCUCAUCAGCCCACCGAUAAGAAGCGCGUCAAGGUCUACGAACUCCGCAACAAUGACUGGUUCGAUCGAGGCACCGGCUUCUGCAGCGCGAGCUUUGAGACUGUACGUUGUUGAUGUCCUUUCAAUUCUGCAUCUUUGUAUGCACUUUUGCGCUCGGAAUUAGUUGCUGACCGUAGCGCCUGCAGCUUGAGGAUGGUCGCAAAGAACCGCGCGUCAUCGUUGAAUCAGAAGAUCAUCCCGACCGUCUUCUGCUAGAAACAAAAAUUCAAAAAGAAGAUGGAUUCCAGAAGCAACAAGAUACACUGAUUGUAUGGCAGGAACCUAGUAGUGGAGUUGACAUGGCACUCAGUUUUCAAGAAGCCGAGGGAUGCGCCAUGAUAUGGCGUUUUGUGAGCAAUGUUCAGCAGACAUUUCAUAACCAUCUGCCAGGAGCCGAUGACGGCCUUUCUGACGAUCUCCCUAUCGACGCUCCGCCGGCAAUAAACUUGCCCACAGCCGAACUUGGAAAUCUCGGAGAUAUCGAACAGACCAUGCGAAUGAUGAGCACGACAGCCAAUGGCCGCGAUGCUCUUGCCAAAGCAAUUAUGGCAGAGGAUUUCAUCGGCAAAAUUGUUCCCCUGGUCGAGAUGGCCGAGGACCUCGAAAGUCUUCAAGACUUGCACCGACUUUGCAAUAUCAUGAAAACAGUCAUUCUUCUUAACGACACCUCGAUUAUAGAGCAUGCGGUGUCGGACGAAUGCGUUUUAGGUGUUGUUGGUGCUCUGGAAUACGACCCUGACUUUCCUAGUCACAAGGCUAAUCAUCGACACUGGCUGGGUAACCAAGGUCGAUAUAAAGAAGUUGUCCCUAUAGAGGAGGAACAAAUCCGCAGGAAGAUUCACCAAACAUACCGUCUACAGUACCUGAAGGAUGUUGUUCUGGCUAGAAUACUCGACGAUCCUACUUUUUCGGUUCUCAAUUCUCUCAUCUUUUUCAACCAAGUCGACAUUGUUCAGCACCUGCAAGCAAAUGCCGCUUUUCUUAACGAGUUGUUUGGCAUCUUCAGGCCCACGAACAGCGAUCAGAAGAGAAAGAAGGAAGCGGUGCUGUUCAUCCAGCAAUGUUGUGCUAUUGCCAAGAAUAUCCAACCCCCGGCGCGUCAGACAUUAUACAACAACUUUAUCGCUCAUGGACUUCUUUCCGUCAUCCACUUCGGGCUCAGACACCAUGACGUGGGAGUUAGAGUUGGGGCAACCGACAUCCUGAUCUCUAUCAUCGAUCACGAUCCCCAAAUGAUCCGCCAGACUUUGUACCGUCAACUACACGAGAACCAGACUCUGCUCACCGACUCUUUGAUUGAUCUUCUACUGGUGGAAGUUGAUCUCGGCGUCAAGUCUCAAAUCUCAGAAGCACUCAGGGUCUUAUUAGACCCUGGCCCCCCACAAAUGCAAAAUAACGAGGCCCUUGCCAAGGCUAAUGGCGAGUUUAUGGGAAGACAGAGACCUCAAAUCGCCCUGGACCCUCAGCAAGAGACUUUUCUCAAUAAGUUUUACGACAAGUCGGCUCCAAGGCUUUUCAAGCCCCUCAUGGAUUUAGAGAAGCGAACGGACAUGAACUUUACUGUGCAGCAGGCUUCCAUGUUCACGUAUCUUAUCGAGAUCCAAACAUUCUUUAUCCGCUGUCACCAGUUACGCGUCAAGUUACAUGUCAUGUCUCACGAUAUCGUUAAGCGCAUUGCUCAGCUUCUCACAUGCUCUGAGAAAUUUUUGAGAUUAGUUGCUAUCCGCUUCUUCCGAUCGUUAAUCGGAAUGCAGGAUGAGUUCUACAUCAAACAUCUCAUGGAGAAGCAGGUUCUUGGACCAAUUCUCGAAGUUCUUAUCGAGACCGUGCCCCGAGACAACCUCUUAGGCUCAGCAUCGCUGGAAUUUUUCGAGUUCAUCAAGAAAGAGAAUAUCAAAGACCUGAUCAAACAUCUCGUGGCCAACUAUAGAGAAAAGCUUAGAGGGUUGAGCUAUAUGUCGACAUUCCGGGAGAUCCUUCUUAGAUAUGACCAAACCCAGGGUUACACAUCUAAUGUCGACUAUUUCCUGGAAGCCGAAGACGAGAUGGGCAGGAGACCUCUAGCCAGCACAAGGAUGGCCGAGCAAAUCACUGUUGAGCAAGAGCAAGAGGAAUACUGGGCGACAUCCGAUCCUGAAGAUGAGGACGACCAGUCAAGUAAAGAGGGGGAAAGGACACCGUCCACGAAUGGCUCAAUCACCUCGAAGCUACUGGUCGACUACGCAUCCGAUGAAGAAACUGACGAAAAUGCCGACCCUGAAGCUACACCAGAAGCGGACAGCCAGCACAGCGAUGUAGCAUCCGAUGCUGUGCACUCGCCUAUUGAUUCGAGCCUUGGGGGCGGUAUUCCACCGCCUGAGCGACUUUCAGAGAAGCGUCGACGCGAAGAGGAGGAAGACGAGGAUGAGAUGAGCAAAAUGAUGCAAAAUAAGAGACGCAGCAGCAGCGGUUCUGUCACGGCGAUCCUCGGCAACUCUCGCGGCCCACAAAGACGCAAAAGCUUCAACGUUAACUCUCCCACUGGAGGCAAGAAGAUCGCCAUCAGUCUCUCUAGUGGCUUAAAAACAGGCAGCGACCCAGGUUCCAACGAGGAGUCAUAAGUUCUCCUCACUUCUUUCGGCGAUGGCGUACCGGUUAUUGGUCUGUUUUUGGUUUAUCAUGAAGGGGGGGUGCAGACUUGAGGUCUCACUCCCGCACAAGCACAUUUAGCAAGUACAGCUUGCUGGUUAACGGAACGGUCAGGUGGUGAGAACCGGCGUUGAUGUUUGAAAUAUCCUUGUGGCAUCCGUCGCUAUAUUCUUAGUAUCACAAGCUCUGCUGCACCCAGGCACCCUUUGACUAGGCGUGUUUGAAUUAUCUGCAUUGCUUGGUCUGGUCUAAUGGGGCUUUAUCUGGACCGAGAUUCUGCCCCCUUAUUUGGACGAUAGGGUCGUCGAGAAGCGACGGCAGGGCACGCGUAUUGCGUGUGGAGGAAAUCAGGGCUUGCAAGUUGAGAUUGGCAGGAUUGUAAAAAGGGGGAGAUUUUGAAAGCGGCCUGCUAGCUGAGCAGUAACCGUAGUGCAUAGGGGUGGUUUAUUGAGUUGCAGAGCUGUAUCAUGAUAAAUUUUAUGGCUUCAAUGGCCCUUGUGAGACGAGCAAGGAGCUGAGUCGGGUUCAGGGACGAUAGUUGGUGCUGAUCCCAGGCCAUUCGUAACGAAGAAAUGAAAAAGACCCGUCUAGAUGAAGAACAAAUAUUCGUCAUAUUUGCCCAGUUCUUUUCACUUGAUCUAAGUUUCCCCGGUACAUAAUCUCUCUCUGAACUUUUGUAAACUUUCAUAAACUCUGAUAGUAUCUUCUAAAGCGGCCUAAGUCUACUCUAUCCUUAAGGGAAAUCGUUAUAAAAUUCAUCUAAACUUUUACACCUU